GUGCCGUAACUCAAAUGAAAUAGCACCAUUGAAGUAGGAAAUAAGUUAUCACACAUUGUUUUAAUACUUUUAAUGAUAACGGUGUAUUGUGUUUUACUCUUCAUUUUAUCAGUAUAGAUUCGUGAUAUUCGUAACGGUAUAAUCUUGAAAACAAUAGUACAAUUUGGUUUUAUAGGAGUGGUUUGUUGUGAAAAAUGCGCUCACGCCGACCACAAACGAUUAGUAAAUAUAGGUAACGUGAGUCAUUGACGUGUGUAACUGUUUUCAUAGUUUAGUAAUGAGUGCCAAGGUGACGGGUGGUGGGUGAGGACGCGCCGCAUCCGCAGUUUAUCUCGGCCGCGGGAGUUCGCAGCUACUUGUCGAGGACCACCGUAGGAGGAGUAGUACUUGUCGGGAUAUCGCAGAACAUGGCAUACCCGAGCGGGCCGCCACCGGCGCCUCCAGCGCAGUCGCUGGGCUCCACCAACACUGUGUUCAUCACUGAGACGCGCUUCGAUCUCUCGUACAUUGUUACUCCGCCUGGCAUCAUCAAGGCUGUGCUUGUUGUGCUGAACCUGCUGUGCUUCAUCUGCAUCGAGGCGAGCGCGUUCCGCUCGAACGGGCGCGGUGUGUACUUCGUGUUUGUGUCGCUGGUGGGGCUCGCCUUCACCGGCGGCCUGCUGCUCAUGUAUCUCUACCAUAUCGUCGAGAAGUACCACAACUUCAAAUGGUUCAAGGUGGAGAUGGUGGGGUGCGUGGUGCUGACGUUCCUGAACCUGAUCGCGGCCACAAUGGCGGUGGCGUUCGGCAACGCCGCCUACUCCGCCGCAGGGUUCUUCGGGUACCUAGCGAUGGUGUCGUACGGUGUGGACGCGUUCCUGAAAGCCAAGGCGCUGAAGGCGGGCGAGCUGGCGCAGGGAUCGCGAGUACACACCGGCAAGCAGACGCACGUCACCACGCCGCCCGCGCUGCCCUAGUCACCCUGUAUACUCCCUGCACUCCCUGUAGUGCCCACUGCCCGAGUGUGGCGCGUAUAUAAGCUAGCUCCGUGGUGGACCGGAACUCGAUCCCCACCGGCUUGCUUAUCUUCAGCCAGUUGAGCAGUUUUAGGAGCCUCAUGAAGAAAAACCAAAUAAAUACUUUAGACGCGUCAUUAUUGGUUAUGGGGGGUCCAGCGGGUCCAUACUUGUCCAUCACUGCUAGCAACACUCGUUCACUGCAUUCACAUCAUAUUUAGAGGUCGGAUAGGUAAAAAGCGUUAUAGGGCCAUUACGCUAGUUUUCGUCCUAAUUUAAAAAAAAAUAAUUAAAAUAAAAAAAAAUGUAUUUGUAAAAUUAUUGUCUACUUAGUUUAGUUGACUGGGUGCGUAGCCAACAUGCCAAUUGUUUACGCUCCGUACCGAACGAAACUGUCACUAUCGCACUAAUAUAGAAGAGCGAUAGAGAGAGAUAACUAGGCUACGGAGCGUUACCGAUUGGCAUGUUGGCUAACAACCCUGAGUAUUUGUUCAGUCAAGGUCUUCCUUAGGUUAAUGGCCGUGACUGUAUCGUCACCGAGAUUACAAAGUGCCGACCUUUUCACUUUAAUUUGAAUAUUUUUUGUUUAUGUACAGCUAGCAGCAACACUCCUGCUGCUGCUGCUGCUGCUAGCUGUACAUGGGUGCGGUGGACCUUAUUACAAAAGGCAUAAGGUCCACUCCACCGAUGUACAGUCACAAGUUAACAGUGUGGGCGAUGGUACUCGUACCUAAGUACGGUAAACUAAGUGUUUAGUGGAGACUGGAGGGAG